AUGGGGGUCACUGGCCCCAGGGGCCCCGGGGGAGCCUGGGGGGGCCGGGACCCCAACAGCGUCCUGGAGGUGGAGAACGGGGGACCCUGGGGGGACUGGGGGCACAAGGAGUUCUGCCCCCGGGGCACCUAUGCCAGCGCCUUCGCCCUCAAGGUGCAGCCCCACCAGGGCUGGAGUCACUUCGGCGACGACACGGGGCUCAACGGCGUCCGAUUGAUCUGCACUGACGGCAGCAGCAUCCAGUCCAGCGAGGGCAAGUGGGGCUUGUGGCAGUCGCCCCGUGGCUGCGGUGGGGGGACUUUGGUGCAGUUUCGGCUCCGGGCCGAGCCCCCCCGCGGCCCCUUCCGUGACGACGAGGCGGCCACAGACGUGUCCAUGCUCUGCUCCAACGGGCGGGAGGUCGCAGGCGAGGGCAGCACAAGCGGGGACUGGGGCAACUGGAGCCGGCCCUGCGCCUUUGGGGCUGUGUGUGGGCUGCAGACACGCGUGGAGCUGCCAGGGGGGCCUGGCCAGGAUGACACCGGCCUCAACGACCUGCGCCUCUUCUGCUGCAACUGA